GAUAAUUAACGGUAUAGAACACCCAACGAUAACAACUCAUCACUCUGUUAGUAGAAUAUUUUGUUAACUUAGUUGUAACGUUUGUCGUAAAUAUAUUCUACGUUCUGUACUAUGAAGUGUGCUUUAUUAUUUCUAGCUAUUAGCAUCCUGGUAACGUUGCUGAGUGCAUUUCGUAAGUCUGGAAAUAAGCCAAACGUUCGUUUCCGGGUUGUACCCAAUGUCAAUGGUAAAUGUAAAGUAAAAAAUAAAAAUCGAGAAAAUCAUGAAGUAUGGUAUAACAAGAAAAAAUGCGAAAAAUUUACUUGUAUGGUCGACGAUGAUUUUGCAUUUUUGCUUAUAAGAAGGUGCAUUGAUACUCCGAAAGAAGAAGACAUACCUCAAGGAUGCGAAUUGCUAUGUACAGGAAAAGGAAAGAUAUAUCCUGAAUGCUGCGAAUAUGUAAUUGGAUGUGAAUAGGAAUUUUUUAAUACUAAACAAUACACUAUCAUAUUUUACAUGUAAACAUAAGUAAUCAAUAAAU